AUGAAAAAUAUAAGAAAUCUGUCAGGACGUAUUGCAUUUGAGGCUCACAUGGAAUAUAAAUUGGCACAUUUUCCAUUGAACACGCCACUUAUUUUUCCCACGUGUACACUGAACGAGGGCAAUGGCUAUGAUGUCAAGACUGGUAAAUUCACAGCACCUGAAAAUGGUGUCUACUCGUUUAAUGCGCAUGUUUGUCACCAACCUAACAAACAUAUGGUGUUUGCAAUCGUGAACGGCAGCGUUCAAUUAGCAGUUUCGACUGUCUAUGGGAAUUCUGCGUCUGGAUGUGGUUCUAUCAACACCAUCGUGAGGCUUGAGAGGGGAGAAGUUGUCAAUGUAGUGGCAAAAUGGACAGACAGCCAAUUAUUUGCGAAUCAUAACCGUUGGAAUUCUUUUACUGGCUAUUUUGUAUACGCUUAG